GAGUGCGGAACACUCGUUGUGAAGCCAUGCUGAUGAAGUGUAGUGCGGUGUGCCUUGUGGCACUCUCCUUGCUUGGCAGCUUAUGUGAUGCUCAGUGGCCACACAAACCAAGCAACCAGAAGCCAAAGGAUCCCAUCAAAAAUCCGCCCCAACAGGCCAAGCAGCACUUUGAGAAACCUCUCAACUGGGAAUACCCUGUAGAUCCCACGCCUCAUCCCCAGCCUAUGGUGCCUUUCGAGCCGGUACUUCCGGUUCCUGCUGCAUCUGUUGCUGUCGAGUGCAGAGAAAAGGAUGCUGUGGUGGAGGUUAAGAAGGACUUUUUUGGGAUUGGCCAGUUGAUCAAUCCUGCUGACCUUACCCUGGGAGGCUGUUCAGCUGUCUUAGACGACGAAGCUAACCAAUUGCUGAUUUUUGCAACCGAACUCUCUGAUUGUGGCAGCAAAUUAGCAUUGACAGAAGAUUCCCUUAUCUACACCUUCACUCUGGUCUAUAAUCCUCAACCUGUGUCUGGUUCUCCUGUGGUGAGGACUAGCAAAGCUGUUGUAUUUGCGGAGUGCCACUAUCAAAGGAAGCAAGAUGUGAGCAGCCUUCCUCUUCAGCCUCUGUGGAUUCCAUUCUCCGCAGUAAGGGUGGCAGAGGAGUUCUUAUACUUCACACUGAAACUUUUGACUGAUAACCUCCAAUCUGAGAGACCAAGCAACAUAUAUUCCCUGGGAGAUCUUAUUAAUUUUGAGGCUACCGUCCAGCAGUACUUCCACGUGCCCCUCCGUGUUUUUGUGAACAGCUGUGUGGCUACUGUUUCUCCUGACGUGUCCUCCCACCCCAGAUAUGCCUUCAUUGAAAACAAUGGGUGUUUGGUUGAUGCCAGGAUCACAGGCUCUGACUCAAGGUUCCUUGAUCGCACUCGAGAUGACAAGCUUCUGUUCCAGCUGGAGGCCUUCAGGUUCCAGAAUGUUGAAAGUGGAGUAAUGUACAUUACCUGCCACUUGUCUGCAACAUCAGCUGACGCCGAAAUUAAUCAGGAACAAAGAGCUUGUUCCUACGUACAUGGUUCUUGGAUUGAGGCCAGCGGUGUUGGUGGAGUCUGUGAAUCCUGUGACUCAGGAUCAGUGUCAACUGGGGGUACAGGUCGGUUUACCCCUGGUAGGAAGAUGCGUGACGUGUCCCAGAAGUCCGUUGCAAGUUACAAAUGGGAAGGUGAUGUCACCCUGGGUCCAAUCCACAUUAAAGAGAGGGCCCAAUAGCGCUUUUUAACUCAUUGCCCUGCCACCACAAUGGCCAUUGAAAUAAACAUUCUGAAUGGUUCAUAUAUCUGUCUGUAUAUGUUAUUCUCUUUCUUUUUGUUAACAGUUCAGCUUGAACAAGGAAAGUAACCCCAUCAAAUGUAAUCCAAAUUUGACACAUUGAACAUAUAAUAAAAGUGUGAGAAAAAAUAAAUCCUCCAGAUGAAGUGUAAUAUAUUUUACAUCGGCCUCUGUGUAAUCAUAUGUUACAUUAUGACCGAAUCCCACCGUUCAUAGACCAUAAAUCAUUAAAUUUAAUGAAAAUAAAAAGCAGUUGUGUUAAAAGUGUGAUAAAAUUGUCAUGGAAAACUUCCUCCCCCUUUUUUCCUUCAAACUUUAAACAGAAUGUGAAGUACAUAACAAUGAUAUGGAAUGAAAUGGAUUAUAUGAUAUACAAGUAAAUAUAAUAAAGCUACAGCAUUUA